CUUUGCGUUACCGGUAAGGAUAGACGCAAAUCCACCAUUAAACUGGCUUCGUAAUAGACAGUUAUUACUUGGCCGGAUUUCUUUAUUACGGUAGAUGCUACUGUAAGGACUUGGCACGAAACAGGAUAAUCCCACUAUGCAGCAGCAGUCAGUAAUGGAAGAGGGAACGGCCUAUGAGCCACCUACCUAUGAUGAGACAUUCCCAGUACUUCCUGAAUCAGCCAGUUCCAGUUCAGGGAAAUUAAAUAUUUUCUCCAUAAAUAAUAAUUUACAAUUAGGACGCAUAACAAUUACUCAGAUGUUCCGAGUACCUGGAGAAGAACGCAAGUUUGAUCAUAGCGACAAAUUUGGUGAACGUGAAUCUAUUCGUACAUGUAAAACAAUAAUGAAAGAAACCAAUACAAUUAUUGAAAUAGCAUCUUCAAAGGAUCAGUCUCUUACAUUCCUAAUAACUGGCAAGCAGAAUCAGGUUUUGGAAGCCAAACGUCGAAUUUUAACAACGUUUCAAACUCAGGCGAGUAAACAAAUUAGCAUUCCAAAGGAUCACCAUCGUUGGAUUCUUGGAAAACAAGGGCAGCGUCUUAAAGAUCUAGAGAAGACAACUGCAACUAAGAUAAAUGUCCCACCUGUGCAGGAUCAGUCAGACACAAUAACAAUCACAGGGACAAAGGAAGGAAUAGAGAAAGCUGAACAUGAAAUUCGAGUAAUUUCAGAUGAGCAAUCAAGAAAGGCGUUCGAACGAGUGUCUGUGCCAAAAAUCUAUCAUCCUUUUAUACAUGGUGCGCAUAAUGAGAAUCUCAAUGCCAUGAUGGCAGAAACUGGAGCUCGAAUUAAUAUUCCUCCUGCCUCUGUGCAAGAGGAUGAGAUUACUAUUGCUGGUGAAAAGGAAGGUGUACUAGCAGCAAAGCAAAAGAUUGAAGCUAUUUAUAGAGACAUGGAAAAAAGGUGUGCUAUAGUGUCCGUUGAAGUUCCCAAGUCUCAGCACAAGUAUGUUAUUGGUCCCCGUGGUAGUACCAUAGCAGAAAUAUUACAAGUUACCGGUGUAAGCGUCGAAAUGCCAGCAGCAGAUUCACCUACAGGAACUAUUACUCUCAGAGGUCCUCAAGAGAAGCUUGGUCAAGCGCUGGAUAAAGUGUACGACAAAGCAAACAGCGUUCGUACAGCUGUAGUGAAAGCACCCGUUUGGAUUCACAAAUACAUAAUAGGAAGAAAAGGUGUGAAUAUUAAACGUAUCACGCAAGAAAUGCCGAAAGUGAAUGUAGAAUUUACUGGCAAAGAAGACAAAAUCAAAAUUGAAGGUCCACCAGAGGAAGUAGAAAAAGCACAAAAUGAACUUCAACUGAUGGCUAACGACCUGAUAUCUAAGCUUACUUUUACAGAAUUAAAUGUUGAUCCCAGAUUUUAUAAACAUAUUAUUGGGAAAAAUGGUUGCAACGUGAACCGCGUGAAAGAAGGAACAGGCGUUGUGAUUAAUAUUUCUGAAAAUGAUGGUAGUAACGUCAUUCGUAUCGAAGGAAACAUGGCAGGCGUAUUGAAAGCUCAAACGGAAUUAGUUGAGAUGGUGAAAAAACUAGAGAAUGAAAAAGAGAAAGAUGUGAUAAUAGAUCACCGAUAUUAUCCUAGUAUUAUUGGAAAUAAGGGAGAUAAUAUUAAAGAAAUCAGAGAUAAGUUUAAUCAAGUACAGAUUACUAUUCCUGGUCCAGGGGAGAAAGGAGACAUAGUAAAAAUCAGGGGGCCUAAAGAAGACGUAGAUAAGUGCCAUAAAUACUUAAUGAAGUUGGUAAAAGAAUUGAAUGAGAAUAAUUAUGUGCUAGAGGUACCAAUCUUUAAACAAUUCCAUAAAUUUGUAAUUGGAAAAGGCGGAGUAAAUAUUCGUAAGAUUAGGGAAGAAACACAAACCAAGAUCGAUCUACCUGCUGAAGGUGAGAAAAGUGAUGUCAUAACGAUUACAGGAAAGGAAGAAAAUGUAGAAAAAGCCAAAGAAAUGAUUCAGAAAAUACAAAAUGAGCUGGCUAAUAUCGUCACGUAUGAAAUAGUGAUUCCACCGAAGUUUUACAAUUCUCUUAUUGGCAUUGGUGGGAAACUGAUUCAUUCUAUCAUGGAAGAUUGUGGAGGUGUUGCCAUUAAAUUCCCUACCGCAGAAAGUCGAAGCGACAAGGUAACUAUUAGAGGGCCAAAAGAAGACGUCGAAAAGGCGAAGCAGCAACUGCUAGAGCUUACAAAUGAAAAGCAAUUGUCCAGUUACUCAACCGAAGUCCGUGCCAAAGUACAACACCACAAAUUCCUUAUUGGAAAAAAUGGUGCCAAUAUUAAAAAGAUAAGAGAAUCCACCGGAGCACGUAUUAUAUUCCCAACGGCUGAGGAACCAGAUAAAGAAGUGAUUACAAUUAUGGGAAAGAAGGAAGCUGUUGACAAAGCAAAGGCUGAAUUAGAAGCUACAAUCAAAGAAAUCGAUAACAUUACGGAAGGUGAAAUCCGUAUCGAUCCAAAGCAUCAUAGACAUUUCGUUGCACGUAGAGGUGGGGUGUUACAUCGUAUCGCAGACGAGUGCGGAGGAGUACAAAUUUCAUUCCCAAGAGCAGGUGUUGACAGCGAUCGCGUGAUUCUGAAGGGCUCGCACGAAUGUAUAGAAGCCGCAAAACAACGAAUGCGAGAGAUUGUGCAGGAAUUGGAAUCGAUGGUAACCGAAGAGUGCAUAAUACCUCAGAAACAUCACCGCACUGUUAUGGGGGCAAAAGGACGUAAAGUGCAACAGAUUACUUCUGAAUAUGAUGUGCAGAUUAAAUUCCCAGAUCGUGAUACGUAUGAUGAACAUCGCGAGACAGAACAGAUGAACGGCGAGAACGGAGAAGUUUCAGAAACAGUUCCAGCUUGUGAUAUUAUUCGCAUUACAGGACAACCGGAAAAUGUUGCAUCUGCUAAACAAGCGCUUCUUGACUUAGUACCGAUUACAAUAGAGGUUGAAGUGCCAUUCGAUUUACAUCGUUCCAUCAUAGGACAGAAGGGCCGUGACGUGCGAGAAUUAAUGUACAUAUACGACGUUCAUAUCAUGCUGUCUCCAGCAGAAGAAAAACUUGACUAUAUCAAGAUUUCGGGAACUCCGUCUUGCGUUGAAAAUGCAAAGCAAGCUAUUCUAGAUAAGUGCAAAGCAUUGGAAGCUGAGAGACAAGACAGAGCGCUGAAAUCAUUCGAAUUGAAGCUCGAAGUUAAUCCAGAGUACCAUCCAAAAAUAAUUGGACGAAAGGGAGCCGUAAUUAAUAAAAUACGCAGCGAUCAUGACGUUCAAAUCAACUUCCCACGUAAGGGUGACCCCGAAGAACAUAUCAUUACAAUCACAGGUUACGAAAAGAAUGCAUAUAGCGCGCAAAAUGAUAUUAUGAAAAUCGUCAAUGAAUUGAACGGUUUGACGAAGGAAGAGGUGGACAUAGAUUACCGUGUACACUCGCGUUUGAUUGGUACAAGAGGUAGAAAUAUUCGUAAAAUAAUGGACGAAUUUGCGGUUGAUAUUAAAUUCCCUCGAAGAACUGACCCCGAUAAAAACCUAGUAACAAUCGUGGGCACUGAAGAGAACGUAGCCGACGCGAAAGAUCGUUUAUUAAAUUUAACUGAAGAAUACAUUCAAGAUGUCUUAGAAACACAAGUAUCAGCCGAAUCACCUGACUCCUCCCGCGUUUGGAGUCAAGGAGGAAUUAGAGUGGCUAAACGAAACGCCGAUGAAAAUUCUACAGGUUUCUUCGUGAAAGGUGGUCCUUGGGAGCAGCAACCACAAAGUGCUCCGAAUACUGCCAGCGUAGAGGAGUUCCCUCAGUUCGCCGGAUACUCGCACGUACCUGUAACAAACCCCGACGGUCCUUGGGGCGUUAAGCGUUAAAGCGAACGAUGAGAUCGAACGCGAUAGAAAGAAAACGAAAUAAUAAAAAGAAAAAAAAAUGGACGAACACACGUGUAAGGUAACAAAGCAUAAUAACUUUCCUCUGACAAACAAUAUGAAAGGGUAAAUGCAUUAGUGCUAGGUGGUUCCCUGUUUCAUUACUGAUGUUGCUGCAUACGACCUGGCCACUCUAUUGGACUCUGACACUGGUUUACUACAAAAUGUUUGACGAUGGUGUUUAUAUUUACAGUUCAUAUAUCAAUAUCCGAUGUAUCUGUAACUGUAACGCAUAAUAUUUUAAGUUCGUUGCCAUGUAGGAACAUGUACACGUGCGCUCACACACACGCUCAUAAUAUAAAUACGCAGAGAGAGAGAGAGAGAGAGAAAGAGAGAGAAUAAUGCAGUCAGAUGCAAGAACGGCGGCCAAUUGUAUUCAUAACGAGAACAUCUAAUUUCACGUUUUAUUUUCGCUGAUAUGCCUUUCAGGUACAGAUAUGUUGUACUUAAGACUGUGGCUUCGUAGGAACCAAUUACUUUUCUUUUGUGUAUUGUACACAGGGUGGUAAGUAAAUUGUGGUAUACCUGAGAAAAAUGUUUCUACGUGUAAACAGAAUACAACGAAAAUUUAGAAUUAAAUUUUUUUAAAUGA